CCCGCGUCCCUGCCCGCGCCGCCGUUGCCAGGAGACGGCCAUGGCGGAGCGGGCGCUGGUGUCGCUGCCGCUGCCGCAGCUCCGGGCGCAGCUGCAGGAGGCCCGCCACACCAAUGACCUGCUCCAAAUAGAGGUGGAAAUGUUUGAGAAAUGGCACCGUAAAAUGGAUCCGGGCGACCUGUCACUCCGGCAGCUGCCUGAGGCACAGAGUGCCCCAGCAGAGCUUUCGCAGACACGUGGCAGGCACAAAUCCAGGUUGUAUAGUGCAUCAGACUCUGUUGUAAGCCUGACAGUGGAGCAGAAAUGUGAGCUGGCUGAGCGGGAGCUGGCUGACGUGAAGGACGAGAUCCAGAGGAUGAAAGAGGACACGGAGCAGACCCUGAAGAACCUUGAGGCAGUCAUUGAAGAAGCAGAUGUUUGGCAUACUGAUGUUAAGCAAGCCAUCAUUGACUUCGAGAAAGACAUCUUUGGCACCACCUCCGGCAAGAAAGGGCAUGUCCUAGAUACCGAGAAGCUGCUGAGAUACAUGGGGGAGAAGAAUCGGCAGAGGGAUCUGCUGAGAGAGAAGUUUCACUUAAAAAAUUAUUUGCUCAAGGGUUUCAAGAAGAAGCUGCAGCAGCAGCUCAGGCAGAAGCAGCAGAUGGGAGAUACACUCCGUGAGGUGCAUAUGCAGCAGUUGCAGGUUAGAAGUGCCCAGUAUCACGAGAAGAUUGAGGAGAAGAAUGAGGAUCUGCUGCAACUAAAACUGACUGCAGCAAAGACUGUCCAAGUCCUCAACUCCUGUAAAAAGAAGCUGCAGGAUGCCAUGGCAACAUCCACAUCUCUGAAGAAAGACAUCUCCCAGAGGAAGGUGCUUCUGGGGAAACUUGAAAGAGAAGCUGCUCUGGUGGAGGAGCAACGAGCUGAAGCUGAGAGCGUGAAUCGGCAGCUGCAAAAGCAGCUCUUGGACUACGAUGUCCCCUCUGUGAUGAGUUAUGUGCAGAAGAAUAUGUCUGUUACUGACCUUGAAAAGAGCAUCAAGACUUGGCAGAGGAAGGUGGCGGUUGCUGAGAUGUCCUUGCAAAGGUACCGCAGAGCAUGGAACCAAGUCAAGAUGUCUGGUAACCAGUGCUAGGCUUGUCUGAUGCUGCAAGGGAGGCAGUGGAAGCUGCAGAAGGAGCCAGCCCUGUGAGGAAGUUUUUCUGUCAAGUGGGAAAAUGCAGCACCCUGCAAACUGCAGGGAGAUUAAACGAAUUCUGCUGAAAUGAUAAAAAAA